UCUGGGAAGGGAUAGUCCUGGAGGCGGGUGGUUGCUUGCUCAUUGCAGCCACAGGUCAUGUGACCGGAAGGGCCCCUUACGGACGCCGUCCCUCCUCCUGGCGGCCUGAGCGCCCGGCCCGACCCCGGCCAUGGGGUGCUGCUACAGCAGCGAGAACGAGGACUCGGACCAGGACCGAGAGGAGCGGAAGCUGCUGCUGGACCCUAGCAGCCCCCCCACCAAAGCCCUCAAUGGAGCCGAGCCAAAUUACCACAGCCUGCCUUCCGCUCGCACAGAUGAGCAGGCCCUGCUCUCCUCCAUUCUUGCCAAGACAGCCAGCAACAUCAUUGACGUGUCUGCUGCAGACUCCCAGGGCAUGGAGCAGCAUGAGUACAUGGACCGGGCAAGGCAGUACAGCACCCGCUUGGCUGUGCUGAGCAGCAGCCUGACCCAUUGGAAGAAGCUGCCGCCACUGCCAUCUCUCACCAGUCAGCCCCACCAAGUGCUGGCCAGCGAACCCAUCCCCUUCUCCGACCUGCAGCAGGUCUCCAGAAUAGCUGCUUAUGCCUACAGUGCACUUUCUCAGAUUCGUGUGGAUGCAAGAGAGGAGCUGGUGGUACAGUUUGGGAUCCCAUGAAGACAGUGGUCCUUGGACAGCUCUUCUUCUCCUCUCUUCACCCCGCCUCCCCUGGCCCCAGCCUCACUAUGGCUUAUACAGUACCCUGACCUGCUACUAAUCACAGAGAAGAAUGUGGAGGAGGAGGAGGAGAAGAGCAAGGCUACAAGCCUGGACAAGUGAGGAUGGAGCAAGAGAGGAUUGAACCAUUUGGGACUGGCCUUCGAAGCCCUGGCCAGCGGUGGGGUGGAGGUCAAAAGGACAGGGCCUGGUAGGUCUUCACUGUCACUGGGAAGGGGUGGAGGGAACACUGUGAGGGUGAUCACUAGGGGGCCUAUGAAGGCCCCUUUCCCACUCUUUCUCUUGGCCUCACUCUUUGCCCCUCUCCCUGACUUGGUGCUCACAGGCACCUCACUAGGGUUUGUGACCAGUGUCUGGACGAGAUUGAAUUUGAAUGAAUUGAGUUUGUAUUUCUAGCACCCUGGGUUUUUACAUGUUUGGGGUUUUGGUGUUUUUUUGGGGGGGAGGGGGGCGUGUUAUCUCCCUUGAUAAAGGAAAUGUAUUCA